GGUCCUCUGUUUGCGCAUGUCCGUUCACAACAACAGGCCGCCAUUUUGUGUCAGGCUAACUCUUCCAAAGCGGGAGAACAAUUAAUAGUCUGAUUCAAGAGCUACGGACGACCGCACCGGAGCAAAAGGGAGAAAACACAGGAACUGAUCUCCGAAACACAUAUAAGUGGAGAAGAGAGUGCCGAAGAAGUGUUGGUUAGCCCGUUUCCAUGGAGGGCGAGGUUGUGUCCAUGGAGACCACUGAGGCUGCUGCCUUGGCUGAUGGAAAGGUCCUACCAGAGGGUGGGGAGGCCCUGAUGCAGGGGGCAGCCAUAGCUUCACAAGGGGAGGUGGCUGGUAACAUGGAGAUGAUGGUGAUGGAUGCUCUUGAUCCAACUUUGUUACAAAUGAAGACUGAAGUGUUGGAGGGGGGCGGCACAGUGACCGUUACUGGUGGAGACGAGGGCCAGAUAAUCACCCUCCAGGUGGUGAAUAUGGAGGAGCAGGCAGGAGCUGCACUAGGUCUUGGUCAGCUUCAGCUGGUGCAGGUACCAGUCACAACCACAACUGUGGAGGGUCUCCAGGCCACAUUUGUCGAUGCAUCAGCAGCUAACAAGGACUCAGAGCCAGUUAUUUGUCACACUCUUCCCUUGCCAGAGGGCUUCCAGGUGGUGAAAGUUGGUGCUAAUGGAGAGGUGGAGACUGUAGAGCAAGAUGAGCUCCAGGCAGCCCACGAGGAGCUUCAAGUCACCAGGGGAGAGGAAGAGGAGGAGGCACCAAUAGAGGAGGAACCCACAGAGCCCCAGCAAGAAGAUCCUGAGUGGUCCAAAGACCCAGACUACCAGCCUGCUGCUAUUGUCCGGAAGGGAAAGAAAGGAAAAAAGAGCUGCCUGCGCUAUGCAGAUGGUGAUCGUGACAUGGAUGUGUCUGUCUAUGACUUUGAGGAGGAGCAGCAGGAGGGGCUUCUGUCAGAGGUGAAUGCUGAGAAGGUUGUGGGGAACAUGAAACCACCCAAACCAACCAAAAUCAAGAAGAAAGGUGUAAAGAAGACAUUUCAGUGUGAGCUGUGUAGUUACACAUGUCCACGACGUUCCAACCUGGACCGCCACAUGAAGAGUCACACAGAUGAAAGGCCACAUAAAUGUCACUUAUGUGGAAGGGCAUUUAGGACCGUCACAUUGCUGAGGAACCAUCUCAACACACACACAGGCACACGGCCUCAUAAAUGCACAGACUGUGAUAUGGCUUUUGUGACCAGCGGUGAGUUGGUGCGCCAUCGUCGCUACAAACACACACACGAGAAGCCUUUCAAAUGCUCCAUGUGUGACUAUUGCAGCGUAGAGGUGAGCAAGUUGAAAAGGCACAUCCGCUCUCAUACAGGGGAGCGACCUUUCCAAUGCAGUCUGUGUAGCUAUGCCAGCAGAGAUACUUACAAGCUGAAGAGACACAUGAGGACACACUCGGGUGAGAAGCCGUAUGAGUGCUACAUCUGCCAUGCUCGCUUCACACAGAGCGGCACCAUGAAGAUGCACAUUCUGCAAAAACACACAGAGAACGUGGCCAAAUUCCACUGCCCCCACUGUGACACAGUUAUCGCCCGCAAGAGUGAUCUUGGUGUCCACUUGCGGAAGCAGCACUCAUUCAUUGCAACAGGCAAGAAGUGUCGUUAUUGUGACGCUGUCUUCCAUGAGCGUUAUGCACUCAUCCAACACCAGAAGACUCACAAGAAUGAGAAACGUUUUAAGUGCGACCAGUGUGACUACUGCUGCAGACAGGAGCGCCACAUGAUAAUGCACAAACGGACACAUACAGGAGAGAAGCCGUUUGCCUGCAGUCAGUGUGAGAAAACAUUCCGGCAGAAGCAGCUGCUGGACAUGCACUUCAGGCGCUACCAUGAUCCUAACUUUAUUCCCACUGCCUUUGUCUGCAGCAAGUGUAGCAAGACGUUCACUCGUAGGAACACAAUGCUGCGUCAUACUGAGAACUGCACGGGCGAGGACAUCGGGGAGGAGAAUGAAUCUCCCGCCAAGAGGGGCCGCCGUGGCAGGAAGAAGAAGAUGCGCUCCAGGAAGGAUGACGAUGAUGACACAGAGGCUGAGCUGGAUGAGAUGGAAGAGGAAGAGGAGUUGCUGCCUGAGAUUGAGGUGGAACAGGCCCCAGCUGUCUUCCCUACCCCAGCACCUGAGGAGCCACCAGCCAAGAGGAAACGUGGACGGCCCCCGAAGAGUAAACCAACCACGUCUGCCAUCAUCCGUGUGGAAGAUGAAGCCACUGGAGAGGUGGACAUCAUCGUGAAGAAGGAGAUUGGAGCUGAUCCGGAGGAGGACAUCGCUGAGGAAACCACUGAGGAAGUGGAGGCUGUUAGAGGGAAACUGCCCGUUCAGGUGGAGGGGUUGGCCCAGGGAGAGGAGACGACACAGGAGGUGCAGCUGUCUGAAGCCCCACCUAACGGAGACCUCACUCCUGAGAUGAUCCUCAGCAUGAUGGACCGGUGAUGGAUGUGAGCGUCCAACCAGUAUACACAACAUAGACUCUUGUACCCGUCUUCAUUUAACUCUUGGCUUUUAGGUUCACAAAUCAGAUGCAUCCUGCACAGAAACAAACAUCAUGCUAUUGUUAAAGACUUGUUUAAGUCGCAUUGCUUUUUAAUAUGGAUUUCAUGUAUGAUACUAGAAAACAAGAUCUGUGUAUGUGUGUAUUUCCGAGUUUGGGGUGGCUGUGUUAGACAGCAGUAUAAUUAGCCUCCUUAAUGUUGCCUUUACAUUUUUCUUCUGGUUAGUAGUGGCUCAGUGACAUGGAAGCCAAUAGCUACACCACUUUAUCUGCAUUUAAAAAAUAAUUUUCCCUUGCUUUAUUUGUGCAGAAUAGCCCACUAGAUUCAUUAAAAAAAAAAAAAAAAAAAAAAAAAAAACAGAGAAAUACUUGUACCUAAAAGUGGAUGCAGUGCAGUGUAAUUUUACCAAACAUGAUGCACAUGGCUUAAAAAAUUUUACAUCUAUUUUCAUCAGGCAUUGCUGCAUCUUCCUAUGUUUUCUGUGGUCAGGUUUUCAGGAGACCUUUGGUCAUAAUGUAGAAUUCCAUUCGUAAAUUCAUUAAUCUUGACAGGGAGAAGUGUGUGUGCCAUGGUAAGGAAAAGUAGUUGGGCCUUAUUAUCCAAGUUUCGGUUAUCAUGUUGAUUAAUACUGAACCAAAUUUAGUCAUUUACAUCACUGAAGAGCUGUACAUACCUCUCAGUGUGCAGGGAGGACUGCUGUCUAACAGUAGGAUAAGUGUUUUGUUUUGUUUUGUUUUUCACCAGUCAAUCAGCAUGACAGCAAAUUGAGGCCCAUGUAGAAGUUAAGUGGAAUUAUCCUUUUAUUUCUGUCACAAAGUUUCUGGCCAAGGCCAAAACUAGGCUAAGGCAACAUUCAGGAUGUUAAGGAUAUUACAGUUUAGUUUUAUCUAUUUUAAUACAGCCACCUCAAAGUAUAAAACUAAAUGAAAUAUCUGAGAUAUUUUUAUUUUUCCAUGGGAGGGACAGACCUUUUUAAAGCCAUUAGUUUGUAAGAGCUUCUAGACCACUUAAUCGUAUGCUCCUUUCUUACCACUAUAACACCCCUAGUUUGUCCCUAUUAUAUGCUAGACAUUGACACUAAUAAGUGCAAUUAAAUUAAGGUUGUUUUCUUCCCUCAUGUAGCCAUUCCACUUUGGGUUGAUGGUUUUCCAUGUCGAUGGCGGUGAAAUGCUACCAGCUUGAAUGACAACUUAAUGACUGGGUGAAAUGGAUGUAUGACUGUACAACCAAUUUAAAAAAAAAAAAAAAAAAUCAACCAACAUUGAAAUUUUAGAUUUGUCAAGUGGUUAAAAAAAAAUAUUGAAUAAUUUAUGUAAAUUAAAAAUCAAGGUCUCAUAGGCUUGGGUUACCAUGUUUUUAUUGGACCAUUAUGGUCACACAUACUCAGCUACUGUAAAUGAUCAAAACUGUCUGACAAAUAAUAGUGCUAGACCAGACCAGAAGUUGCUACAUUGCAUGUUUUGCUUGCAAAUAUAGCUUAUGAAAUGGAGAAUCAAUUAUUUAGACUACAUUUAAGGAGAAUUUUACCUUUUUACUGUAUGAAAUGUGAAACCAGUAUACCAGCACACUACUGCGUUCUGGCUAGACUGGCUUGGAGGAAUAGUAUGUUGGGGGUUCAGGUCAAACUGACAUGAUAAACUGAACAGCAUUUGACUCGUUCCCUAUUCGGAGGGCCUAUUCAGUGUUAAAGAAAAAAAAAUGUAUUUUGACAUUUUGGCUUCUUUACCCUUCACACUGGUAUGAUGGACAGUGGUCAGGGAUUAAUCACUUUCUUGUAGCCAUCAAGUCUGCUUGGCCUCAAUUCGCUGUAAGUAGGACUCAGAUCUCCCUAUCUUACCAUCUGUCAAAGCAGUUGAUCUGACUAUAAAUGCUUGGCCAAAUUUGAUAACUCUUUAUUUGUAUUGUUUUUUAUAAUUAUGUACAAGUCUGAUUGCUGAAUAAAAUCCCUAAUUUGACCUUGA